AUGAAAGGACUGAUCUACGGAAAUUACAGUGGUAAUUACUAUAAUGAAUCCGUGGCUAUUCAUUCAGAAUCUGUUCAAAUGAACUUAACAAUGUUUGUUCUCAGGACAAAAAAUGGUUCAGUGACUGUAAAAGUUGAUGAUUGUCAUGUUUUUCAACUUAGUCCAAUCGGUGUACUUUUUGACAAUAACAAGAAAGAAGAUUCUGUUACUCUUCACAGAUUAUUGGUUCAAGACGGAUCAUACCUUUUACAAUCGUUAGUAUGCAGUCGGACCAGUGCCGUAAUAGACGAAAGAAUCAACAUGCGGCUUGCCCAAUUGCGGUCACAACUUCAUCUUUCUGAAGCUGCUAAUUCAAAUCUUUUAGGAGGGAUUUUCAAGUCUAAACGGCGACGUCAGCAGUCUAUAACUUCCGCAGCAGCUUCUAUUGUAAAAAAUUCAAAAUUGAGUAAAGCCGGGAACCUUCUUUUGGACCACAGUAUUAAUGAAGGGCCGGUGGUGAAAGAAAAUUUCUUAGAAGUGGGUUGCUCCGCUGAAGUAUAUGCUAAGGGAGCAGGUGAAACACCAUUUGGGCCUGUUAAUAUCACCUUCCCAGCUUCAACAAAUUCAUCAAAAAUGCUUCAAGUUUUGGUUACCGAUUUUGUUCCGAACUCCAUGAUGUAUCAGAGCCACAAGCUUGGUUUAUUUAACACUCGAGUAGACCCGUCGACUCCGCAAAUAGGAUCAAUGAUGCAGACAACAUGUGGUAUAGGGUCCGGUACCCUGUUUUGUCUGGGUGAUAUCCUUCCAACUUUAAAACACUAUUACCCUGAUUCUGGUAUAGCAAUGAUAUUUUCUAGUAGACGGCCUCCAGUUGUCAUUUUUCGAUCUGGAAAUAAAGGCAGGUUUUUGUUUACAUAUGGCAUUCAUCGAAGGUCAUUUCUUGCUGUGGAUGGGAGACUAUCACUGUUGGCCAUUGAUGCGCACGGGGUGGAAAAGCGAGUUGGGGAAGUGGAUAUUGUCAUAGAAGCUACAUUCAAAGCAAAAGUAGUGCGCUCGUUUAUUAGGAGUAAGAUAGCGCUUGAAAAAGUGCAGUUUAUUUCGCUGUCCACAGAUGUUUUGGACCAGGAAGAACUGGAUGAUGCGAGUUUCCUGUGCCGUGAAGUUAUGCAGAGAAUGGUUAACGAUAUUUUAAAAGACGGAAUACCGAUACCAUUGCAUCCGCUUUUUAAAAUUCGCAAUUUGCAGAUAAUGCCACUAAACAGGGCAUAUAUGAUCUCAACUGACUUCGAAUUGAAUGCUGAUAUGGUGAAGCAAAUGACAGCAGCGCACAGAAGAGCAGCAGCGGCUUAA